AAAUCAGGUUGCAGUUAAGAGAGAGAUAUGGGUUCUGUUGGAGAUAAAAGAGGUAGGGAUGAUGUCGAUGAUAAAUCGAAUAAAACGGUUGUAAUCACUGAGGAAACUUCGGAAGAACAACUUUAUGAUUAUUAUAGACAGUCUUUAAGCAGUGAGGGAUUCAAAGUUCCGGAGUAUGGAGGUUUAAUACCGGGCGGAAUUGGACCCUAUAAGAUGUAUAACGAGGAUCGUAAGCAACAUGUGACCGAUUUGGCUAAGCGAUGCUUGAAAUUCUACAAUAACCAAAAUAGGGCGAGUUUUGAGUUUGAUAAGAUUGACAAGGUUAAUAGUCAAGUUGUUGCUGGCUAUAUGUUUUACAUUACUUUUACUGCAUGCUCUGGUGGUAAUGCAUCUGAAACCUUUUAUGGCGAAGUAUGGGAAAAAAUAGAUCGUACCACCGAUGUCAUGUUCUGUGGAAUGGCUACUAAGCAGGAAGCUGGUACAUCUCAGGAAACUUGUACAUCUCAGGAGGCUGCGGGUACAUCUGAGGAAGUGGGUACAUCUCAGGCCUAAGUUGUGGAAUUUGAGUUUAGGUUCAUGUUCUAGUUGUGUGUUUAUGGUUUCUUCAAUUUGUGAAUGGUGGUUUUGAACUGGAAGUGCUUCAAAAUUUUCUCUUUCAGAAUAUCAAUUGACAAAAACUAGAUUUCUGUGUUGUUUCGAUGAGAUAACUGACCCGAAAAUUGAACAUCGACAAGUUUUACUAGUUGCGAAUGUUCAUCAAUUUGCUCAUCAAAGUAGUUCACUAGUUAUACCCAAAGCUCCUUGGUUCUGUGAAAAGCCAGCUACUUUGGGUUGCUGAGGAAAUGAUUUAUGUGUUGGGGAUUGGUUUCGAUGCGCUUUUGGUGUCCCUUUUGAGGCAAAUCAAUGGAGGUGAUUUCAGUGAUGGAAAUUUGUGGUUGUGUUUGAAGAUGGCCACACUUUUCUUGAACAAGUGGCAGUGCUUGUUGGAAGAAGAACCCAAUGUUUUGUCAUGUGCUUUAUAUGUGUUUCUUAGAGUUUUGGCUGAUCAUUGUAGAACCAACAGGCCGAGUGAUCAAAAUUUUGAGACUUUGAGGAGAUUGGAGGUUCAUUUGUGUGUGAAGAUUGUGAGGGAAGAGUUUCACUUGUGUUUAAGAAUCGGCAGGGAUUUCAUUCGGUUGUUGCAGGAUUUGAUUCAUGUUCCUGAGUUUAGAGAUAUUUGGAAGGAUUUGAUGCUUUGUCCAUCAAAGUUCAAUACUUCAAGAUUUAUAAAUGUUUUGCAGCUGUACCGCACAAGGACUUGUAGCAAGUAUGUUUUGCUUAGAAUCAAUCCUGAGAUGGAGACCAGAUUGCGGUUUUUGAUGACAUAUGUUAAAUUGGGACAUCAAAAGAGGCACCAAAUAUGGUUUUUUCAGAAGUUUCUUCAUGAACCAGAUAGAGAAACUAUCAUAGUUGAUAUAGUUAGAUUCAUAUGUUGUGCACACCAUCCACCUAAUGAGAUCAUUCAAUCAGACAUCGUUCCUCGAUGGGCUGUUAUAGGCUGGCUUUUGAAGUCAUGUAGGAGCAGCUAUGUUGAGAAAAGUGUUAAACUUGCUCUGUUUUAUGAUUGGCUCUAUUUUUAUGAAAGUGUUGACAGUGUGAUGAACAUAGAGCCUGCAAUUUUGUUGAUGGUGCAUUCUAUUCAGAAGUACAUUGACAUAACACACAAUCUUCUUGAGUUCUUGUUAUAUCUUGUGGACAACUUUGAUGUUCAGGUGGAGAAUAAGGUUCUCAUAGCUAAGGGUGUAUCAUCAGCUCUUCAGUUACUUGCCAAGAAGGGUGUGAUUCAUUCAUAUGAUGUUUUGAUUUAUUGUCCUGCACUUUCACCCAAUCUGAAAGAGGGUCUGGGAAGGUUGAUAUCAGGUGUAAAAAGCUAGGAUGCUGUAAUGGAGUUCUGCCAAAUCUGUCUUUUAUUUGAACUCAAAUUAUCUGAAAAAUGUUGAGUAUGAGCAAGCAAUGCAUACAAAUAGAAGGCCCACUUAUUGUAA